AUGGCGCACAUCAUCCGGGUCGAGGUGGUCCUGAAGCGGGAGCCGCAGGUCGUCGACCUGACGAGCCUGCCUCGGGGGCUGCUCCUCGCCGCGGCGACAGCACCACCGGCGCCCGUCCAGAACCGCGAUGUCGACGUCGUCGAAGUAGCGCCGCCGGCCGCGGCGCCAGGCGGCGAUGCGGGAGUCCUCGAAGUCCCGCCGCCCGCGCCAUCCGACGCCGGCGCCGUCGAGGUGGCGCUGCCAGCAUCCAGGACCGCCGCAGCGUCCCCGCGGGCCGCGACGCCGGGCGCCGAGGACGCGGGACAGGCGUGCGCGCCGGUGACCCGGCGGCGGCGGCGGCGCCACGCGUCGCCAACGGCCGUCGACAUCGUGGUGCGCGCGGACGACGGGCAGCGGCACUACACAUACGCGCGGCGGGUAGUAGUCGCCGCCGCCGCCGACGACGACGACAGCAGCGGCGGCGACGAGGACGACGACGACGUCGUCGAGAUGUCGCCGUUCAAGCGCCGCCGCGGCAGCGCCUCGACCCUGUCCGCGCCCGCCUUCGCCGCGACCUCGUUCGAGCGCAGCGCGUCGCCGUCGCCGUCGUCGCGGCGCGCGUCGCGGCCUCCCGCGCCCGCGCUCGACGACGUCCUCGCCGUCGUCAAGCCCGACCCCGACGCAGACGCGGACGCGCCGCCCGCGCCCGCGCUCGAGCCCGUGCCCGUGCACCACCCGUGCUUCCCCGCGCGCCCGGCGCUGCGCUGCCCCCGGCGCAACCCGGCGCACCGGGGCGUCGCCCGCGCGCUUUCGCUCAGCGCGCGCAACCCGCGGCGCUGGUACUUCCGGUGCUACGAGUGCUGGGCGGCCGCGGCCCCCGGUGACACCGCCGCCAUGCCGCCCCCCGCCCCCGGCCGCAGCAGCUUCAUCUGCUGGGCCGACGCCCGCGGCGUCGACCCCGCCAACCCGCCCUGCGCCUGCGGCUUCCCCUCGCGCCGCGACGUCGCCUCCUUCGCCUCCGCCUCCGCCUCCGAGUCCCCCGCCCCCGCCGUCUUCUACAAGUGCGCCACCGACGCCUGCCGCGGCUACGCGUCGCCGGCCGCCGCCGCCGUCGCCGCGUCAGCGGCUGCUGCCGCCACGGCAGAGAUAAACGGGCUUGCUGUCGGGGCUGGGUGA